AUGCCACGUUUAACGGUAUGGUUUGCCGGUGCUGCUUUCACCACUGGUGUUUAUUACACUUAUCAACAUUAUCAACACACCACCAUCGCCCAUCGUGAAAUAGAAGCCCUUAUUUCUUUAGAAAAGUUAAAACUCCAAUCUAUUAUGCAACGAUAUGCCGCAUUAUUAUUAAAGGAACAAUCAUUACAAACUCGACCAGUAAGUGUGGGAGUCACAAACAAUGAACGUUUAUUAUUUUAUUGUGAAUUACAACAAAUACGAGAACUCUUUUGGUCUUUACCAUUACGUACUCAAACCGCUGCUGAUAAAUUAGCGAUAUUAAAAGAAUUAGAUAGAUUGGAAGAAAGACAUUGUAUGGUAUUAAACUUUCGUGAUGUUGCGCUUAAUAUUUGGGAAGUCUUUACUUGUCAAUUAUGUUUUGGAGUUUAUUUAUUUUGUUUCUGUUUAAUAGAUCCAUUACUUCGACAAGUGCCGUUGGAGAGUAUAGAGCACCUGCGGCGUGCGGGAUUACAUGCGGUUUCUCAUUGGAUUACCAAAUGUCUAUGUAUUCCUACACAGAUGACCUUUGAGAAGGAAGAAGAAGAAGAAAAAGAACUAUUAUCAUCAUCAUCAUCAUCAUAUCUGUAUAAUACUAAUACUAAUAAUAAUAAUAAUAAUAAUAAUAAUAAUAAUAAUAAUAUGAAUAAUCACCAUAAAGAAGAAAAAGAAAAAGAAGAAGAAGAGGAGGUGAUGUAUUUAGUGUUUACACCACAACAUUGGAUAGAGUUAGUUGGAUUCUGGGCUUGUCCAAGAAAUCCAUUAUUAUUUAAUACACGUCUGCAAUUAUUAACAUCUUCAUCUUCAUAUUAUUAUUAUUAUUCGGUGAUGCCCUUUGAAGUUUAUUGGCAGAGUCGUCAAAGGCAUUUACAGUCAUUUCUGUAUAGUGAAUCUAUAGAGAAGGAAACGGCUUCUCAUAUUAAUAGUGAUAAUAAUAAUAAUAAUAUAAAGGCUUCUCAAGAUGAUGAAUCUCUAAUGUUGCGAUCAUCCUUUGGUUAUCCACUGGCACUCUUUUUAACGGAAAAGGGAAAACACAUGCUUGCUGCUAAUAUGAAUACAAAUAUCUCUCAUAAUAAUAAUAAUAAUAAUAAUAAUAAUAAUAAUAAUAAUAAUAAUAAUAAUAUAAAGACUCCACGAAUACGACCUGUUGUUUCUGCGGGUCUUCCUCGCACUCUUUAUAUAGAUAAGACAGUCGCCCGUCGGGAUGUACGAGUGAAACAACAACUACCUGAGUUGUAUACACAAUUGCAGGAACGACAAUAUCCAUUACUCCAACGAAUAUCAUCAUCAUCAUCAUCAUCAUCUUCAUUAGUCUCUGAGGGAGUUGUGGGAUCUAAAGAAGAAGGAAUAAGUAAAGAUAUGAGAAUGAAUAAUAUAGUUUGUGAAGAAUUGUGUAAAUGGCAUCAACGGUAUUUUAUUCCACCGUGGAAUCGUGCGGUGUGGGGAGCGGUAUUUGGUGGAGUGGGAAGUGAUGGGAAAUAUGAUAAACGGGCGUUAUUUUUUCGUGUGGGUUCUCCUUGUAAAGUGGAGGAAUUAAUGGAAGUGCAACUAUCUACACAACAACACUUAUUACAAGAGAUGGAAAGGGAUUUGGAAUGA